AUGUCGGCCACCAACGAUGCCGUGUUUCAUCGGCGGAACAAGCAAAUUCAGGACGCCAUUGAUGGACAGAACUUGAAGCAAGCUCUGCAGCUCAUCGAGAAACGCAUGAAAAAGGGAGAAGACUCGAGAUUUCUCAAGGCGUGGAAAGCGGAGAUCCUAUACCGCCAUGCGGACGACGCCCAUCGCCAGCGCGGCCUCACCGAAACGCUGGAGCUGUGCAAGCUAGAGCCACCAACGACAGAUUUAGACACACUCGAGAUCUUGCAGGAGACGCUACAGAAGAUAGGCGGUCAAGAGGAUACCAUGAGAAGCUUGUGGGAGAAGGCUGCCAAAGCAAAACCACAGGACUUAGAGGUUCAGUUAAGGUGGUUUUCAUAUGCAUUCGAGGCAGACGACUGGAAAUCAGCGCAAAAGGCGGCUAUGAGCCUUCAGAGCAACUUCCCCAAGACGCGGAAAUACUAUUUCUGGGCCAUUUUCCUCAGUUACCUUGUUGCCGUAGACAAGAACAGCUCGGAGGCCGAACGGAAGCUCUUUGGGACGCUGGCUUAUCGUAUGGCCUCCAAAGCCGCAGAUAGCGUCCCCGCUGAUCCAAAAGAGUUGCUGAGCACUCCCAGAGCCAUACAAAACGCCGAGGAGCUUUUACUACUUAUCAAGAUCUGCGAAUCUCAGGGGCGUCACUCGGAGGUUGUAAAGCUCCUUGAUAGCCAGAACUUGGGUCUGAGCUCACGAAUUGUCCAAAACGAUUGGCCUUUCGUUGGAGAAAAGCUCUCUGGAUUGGAGAAGGCCGAGAUGUGGGCUGAGGGUCUCUCAUACGCGAGGGACCUUCUGGCGAUUCCGACUAAUGAAUCAGAGGAGAAGACUCUACAAGAGCGCGACGACUGGGCUGUCUGGAGUUUACUUAUUCAUUCAGUUCAGAAUAUCAAGAACGCAGAAACUACUGCCGAGACCAGGAAGUUCAUCGAUGAGUUCAUCAAAGCUGUUCCCAGAUCACGAAACGCACAAUUGGCCCGCCUUGACUUGAUUGAUUGGAGCUUCAAGUCUGGCAGCCUAAAGAGCCAUGAAUUGAUCACCGCGUGCCAGGAAUACUUUGAUCGAAAUAAGACCAAACUGUAUUGUUUCGUAGAUCUUCGGAAAUAUCUGUCUGAUUUGGAUAAGGCAUCUCUAACAGAGUUCAUUCAAUAUGCGUCUCGGACCGAAGGGAUCCAAGGCGAUGAAAACGAUCCGUUCAAGGACGUCCCGGCGAUCAAUGCUCUGAAACUCGAGUACUGCUUCCUGCUUUCGGCCGACGAGGCCAAUGCCACACAGCCAAAAGUCGAAGAUUAUGUUUCGCGUUGCCUCCAGAUCUUCCGCAGUGCAAAGCGUCCUGAGCGUACCGCAGCCGGCUCGACCAUCGAAAGUCAGCCAAGUGAUGACCUUUGUUUGCUCGCCGCUAUGAGUCUCAUUCGAUUCAGUGGAGGUUGGACCAACGAGAAGCCGGACCAGGUUCCAGACACCAGUCUGAUUCGCGCAGCGGGUAUUCUGGAGCGUCUCUUGCUUGACUCCCCUCAUAAUUAUAACGCGCUGCUGCUGCUCGUCCGGAUUUAUCUUCGCUUAGGUGCAGGAUCCCUGGCUCUUAGGACAUUCAGCAAACUAUCCGUCAAACAGCUGCAGUAUGAGACAGUGGCCCAUAAUCUCUUUACACGGCUAGCAACUAUCCACCCCCAUUCAGCACCGCCAGUUGAAGGUGCAGAAUACAAGGAUUUCUACCCGCAAUCUGCAUUUGUACAAGCCCUCAACUUUUACCGGACUGCGGAUGUCACGACGGUUAGAAACAGGACGAAUGGGUUGGAAUACGGCAGCUAUGCGAAUGUAGAAGGAACCAUUGAUCUUCAGAGACGGCUCAAGCAUAGUAUCUGCCGGAAAAUGUGGGCAUUAGAUGUGAAGCGGUUACAGCGGUUAGCUGGAGGGGACAAUAUGGGCCGAUACAGUGAUUUGGCAAGAGAGACGUCUCCCACGGUAGAUCAACGUGUCUUUGAUGCGUUUAUGAACUGCGAAGCACCUGGCCAGACUACCUUUGAGGAGCGAGUGCGCCUGGGACCUCUGCCUAAGGAACAUUGGGUGAAAUCGGCUCAGUUGACAGAUCAGCUGUUCGAGCUCUUGAAGAACCUUGCUGCUCAGAAACCGGUGUCUGCAGAAUUUGAUGUGCCUAGCCUGGAUGAUCUUCUGAGCUCAGACGCCGAGUCCGAGAUGACCGCUCCUGAAAUAGAGAGCGUCAAGCUACAUGUGAACCUCCUCAAAGUGGCGAAGCUUCUCAGCGGAUCAAAAUCGGUCAAUCCAGAAGAGGUUGACAUCUGCCUAUCGCACGUGGAGCAGUGGCUCGAGUCCAGGUCGAAGGACUUUGCCUUGGACAGCGCGAAACUCUCCCCUGUUAUGUUGAGAACUGCAGUGUUCUUGCGACCGGAAAGUCCCUCGGCUCCAUCGUGGAAGUAUUUACACGACACUUUUCUCGUACUCGAGUCGCUCAAGGCGUUGUCCUUCGUAUAUACAAUCGCAUCAAGAAAGGGUCCCAAGACAGCAAAACUUCCCAAGGACCGUGUCGAAAAAUUGGGUGGCUUGAUUGGGGAAGUCUAUGACAGCGUUAGAGCAAAUAUUCGUGCUCUCAAGUCACGAGUCUCCGAGCCAGGCAUGCUUGGCUCCCUGGUCGACCUCGUUCUGGCUGGUGGUCAGCAACUUCGGACCGAGCUUGAGAAGACGCUUGACAUGCCAGCAGUGGAACUUGUCUGUGGUGAGCUAAUGGAUAGCUGGGAGGAAAACCUGAAUGGAGCACUUUCUGUAAAGUUGUGA